UUGGAUUUCUUCAUUGUGGCACCAGUUCCUUCUCUCCUUCUUCUAUUCUCUUCUGAUUAGUCAAGUUCUGCAUUCGUCUUUGGUUAGCAAAUCGUCAGAGAGACACGGCCAAUGAGUACCUCAUCGAAGGUGCAGUAUGUUGGGGAAUAGGAGAGGGAGUGAAGGUAGAGGACAUACAACUAGACCCUCCUAGGGCUUCUGAAAUUCGUGUUAAGGUGCUUUGUGCAAGUGUUUGCCACACAGACCUCUUCGCCACUAUGGGAUUCCUACAUGCUAAUUAUCCUCAAGUACUAGGCCAGGAAGGCAUUGGUGUUGUGGAGUGCAUUGGGGAGGAAGGGAAGAACGUAAAGGCAGGGGAUGUGGUGAUUCCGUUGUACUUAGGAGAGUGCCAAGACUGUGAGGAAUGCAUAAAAGGGAAGACCAACCUGUGGAGGACAUACCCUAUAAGGUUGACUGGGUUGAUGCCAGACAGUACUUCUAGAAUGUCUGUGAGAGGUCACAAGGCAUAUCAUCUUAUGAGUUGUGCCACAUGGUGUGAGUACAUGGUGGUUGAUGCUAACUAUGUUCUCAAAGUGGACCCAACAACCAUUGAUGCUGCUCAUGGCAGCUUCAUCUCUUGUGGCUUCUCAACUGGUUUUGGAGCUGCUUGGAAAGAAGCCACGGUUGAACAAGGAUCUAGUGUUGCUGUUUUUGGUCUUGGUGCUGUUGGGUUAGGGACUGUAAGUGGACCGAAAUUGAUGGGAGCAACAAAGAUAAUUGGGAUUGACAAAAAUGAGAACAAGAGAGAAAAAGGAGAAGCUUUUGGGAUGACAGAGUUUAUAAAUCCUGACAAGUUAUUGUCAGAUCAAACUGUUUCACAAGCAGUCAAAGAACUAAGUGGUGGAAUGGGUGUGGAUUAUUCCAUUGAGUGCACUGGAGCUCCUUCUUUGCUCAAUCAAGCCGUGGAAUCCACUAAAGUGGGAGUGGGCAAGACAGUGGUAGUAGGUACAGGAGCUGAAUCUGUGCAGCUAAAUUAUCGUAUCUUUAUGUAUGGAAGAUCAUUGAAGGGUUCUGUAUUUGGAGGCAUCAAACCCGUUUCUGAUCUUCCUUUUAUAGCUCACAAGUGUCACACAAGGGAAAUUCCAAUUCAUGAACUUUUUACCCAUGAGGUCCACUUGGAAGAUAUAAGCAAAGCAUUUGAGAUAAUGAGAUAUCCAGACUGUGUCAAAGUUGUGAUCAAGAUGUGAUAUGAUCGAUCAUGUGUUGUUUUAAGAAGCCAAAUUUCUAAUUGUAAUUUUUUUUAACAAUUUAAAUUUCAAAUAAAGAAUGAUCUGUGGAAAUGAGAUUGUGACCAUGUGUAAUAUGUCAUUUUACAAUAAUUAUAUCAUAUUGAUUUGUA